AUGGAGCCGGAGGACUACAGACAGAGAGGAAGAGAGAUGGUGGAUUACAUCUGCCAGUACCUGAGCACUGUGCGAGAGAGGCGAGUGACCCCGGAUGUGCAGCCUGGCUACCUGCGAGCCCAGCUUCCCGACAGCGCUCCGGACGACCCCGACAGCUGGGACAGUAUCUUCGGAGACAUCGAGCGAAUCAUCAUGCCUGGAGUGGUCCAUUGGCAGAGCCCUCACAUGCACGCCUACUACCCGGCCCUUACCUCUUGGCCAUCCCUUCUGGGAGAUAUGCUGGCCGAUGCCAUCAACUGCCUGGGCUUCACCUGGGCUUCUAGUCCUGCCUGCACGGAGCUGGAGAUGAACGUGAUGGACUGGCUGGCGAAGAUGCUGGGGCUCCCAGAUCACUUCCUGCAUUACCACCCCGGGAGCCAGGGGGGAGGAGUCCUGCAGAGCACAGUGAGUGAGUCCACCUUGGUCACUUUGCUGGCGGCGAGGAAGAACAAAAUCCUGGAAAUGAAAUCUUCGGAGCCGGAUGCUGACGAGUCAUCUCUGAAUGCCCGUCUCAUCGCCUAUGCCUCGGAUCAGGCUCACUCCUCAGUGGAGAAGGCUGGCUUGAUUUCCCUGGUGAAGGUGAGAUUUCUGCCCGUGGAUGACAACUUCUCACUCCGAGGGGAAGCUCUGCAGAAAGCCAUCGAGGAAGACAAACGGCGGGGCUUGGUGCCUGUCUUUGUCUGUGCAACACUGGGGACCACUGGAGUCUGUGCGUUCGACUCCCUGUCAGAAUUGGGCCCCAUCUGUGCCAGGGAGGGGCUGUGGCUCCACAUUGACGCUGCUUACGCAGGCACUGCCUUCCUGUGCCCCGAGUUCCGGGGCUUCCUGAAGGGCAUCGAGUAUGCGGACUCUUUCACCUUUAACCCAUCCAAGUGGAUGAUGGUGCACUUCGACUGUACUGGCCUCUGGGUGAAGGACAAGUACAAGCUGCAGCAGACCUUCAGUGUGAACCCCAUCUACCUCAGGCAUGCCAACUCCGGUGCCGCCACUGACUUCAUGCACUGGCAGAUCCCUCUGAGCCGACGGUUUCGCUCUAUUAAGCUCUGGUUUGUGAUUCGUUCUUUCGGGGUGAAGAAUCUUCAAGCGCAUGUCAGACAUGGUACCGAAAUGGCUAAAUAUUUCGAAGCUCUAGUCAGAAAUGACCCUUUCUUUGAAAUUCCUGCUAUGAGGCACCUAGGCCUGGUGGUUUUCCGGCUAAAAGGUCCUAAUUGUCUCACAGAAAGUGUGCUGAAGGAAAUAGCCAGAGCUGGCCAGCUCUUCCUCAUCCCUGCCAUGAUCCAGGACAAGCUGAUCAUCCGUUUCACUGUGACAUCCCAAUUUACCACCAAGGAUGACAUCCAGAGAGAUUGGAACCUCAUCUGUGACGCAGCCACGCGCGUCCUGAGGCAGCACUGUACUUCCCAACCCAUCCCACAGGCCAGGAGCCUCGCCCCUCCAAUCAGGGGCCCCAGAGCCAUGGCCAAUGGGCUGUCUCUUCCAUCUGCCAAGGAGGGAGGGGAUGACCCUGCCCGGGCCAGGAAGAUCAUCCAGCAACCUCAGCGUGUGGGAGCCAGCCCUGUGCCGAGGGAAGAUGGCUGCCACCCAGAUGCCUGGCUGGACCCCCUGGAUGACUGCUUCGAAGAAGAGGGCCCGGGUGUCCCCAAGCACAAACUGUCCUCCUUCCUGUUCAGUUACUUGAGCGUGCAGGGUAAGAAGAAGACGGUACGCUCUCUCAGCUGCAACAGUGUACCUGCGAAUGCUCAGAAGUCACCGCCUGCAGAGGGUUCUGGAAAGAUUGGGAGCUCCUCCCGGGUGAGGAUCUUCUCUAGGUUUCCGGAAGAGAUGAUGAUGCUGAAGAAGAGUGCCUUCAAGAGGCUCAUCAAGUUCUACAGCGUCCCCAGCUUCCCCGAAUGCGGUUCCCAGUGCGGGCUGCAACUGUCCUGCUGCCCUCUGCAAGCCAUGGUGUAAACACCAGGGCCUUCGGCCAGAUGCCAAAAAGUGGGUUUCAAAGUGGUGUGCAGCCUUGUGUCCUUUGUGCGCAUUUUCCCUGGGGAGGAAUUCAGAAGUUGGAUAAAGAUUCUCAGAGA